UUUGAAAUUCUUGAUUACGGAGUAUGUGUUUGAUCAGCCAUGAAGAUCUUGGGUCCACAAGAAAUCAAGUGAAGAGUUUUUAUAUCAAUGGCAAUUCUUCGGUUCAUUGAUAUGGAACCUAUGAGAAGGGUUGUUACAACUCGUUGUCCGAGCUCAACGCCACUAGAUGAGGAACUACGUAUACGCUAUAUCCGUACAUACGUGUGGAAAGCUUUUCUUGUUAUAUAUUCCCUUGCAAAAACACAAUCCGCUUCAACUCAUUCACAUAUCACGUACCAAAUACCCAAUUCAGCAUCAUGAGCCAACCAAUUACUCUUUAUGGCCACAGUAAGUUAACGCCAGUGGUAGGUAAAUCCUAGGAAGAAUACUGACGGAAGAAUAGGAGGCGGACCAAACCCAUGGAAGGUGGCCAUCAUCCUUGAGGAGCUCAAGGUUCCAUAUAUCAACAAGUUUAUGGGUUCGUGCCUGUUCCACUCAUUCUCACCCAAACCUCGUUCAGAGUUCAGGAGGCUGUCACUUUGAUUGAGAUGCUUCAAAGUUGAAGCGUUGUCAAUCCUUUGAGUAUGGUUUACACAUCCAGAGUACAUUCAACAUUGCAGACAAAGUCAACACACAAAUGGACUUGGUGUAGAAAACAAAUUCAAGAAAUAUUUUUGGACGUUCAUGCCGAACAUAUAUCACCCACUAACACCAUCCAUCUAGAAAUAACCGACCUCAAGAAAGAGCCCUUCGAAACAAUCAACCCCAACGGCCGGGUCCCCGCCAUCAGCGACCCAAACACCGACGUCACACUUUGGGAAUCCGGCGCUAUAAUCGAAUAUCUAAUUGAUACCUACGACCACACCGCCGCACUAACCUACACCUCAUCCCCAGAGCGCUACCAAGUAAAACAAUGGCUGCACUUCCAAAUGUCCGGCCAAGGCCCCUACUACGGACAAGCAGCUUGGUUUACCAAAUUCCACGCUGAGAAGAUAGAUAGCGCCAUUGAGAGAUAUCUUGAGCAGAUCAAGAGAGUACUUUAUGUCCUAGACAAACAUUUGAACGGCAAGGAAUGGUUAGUGGGUGAUAAGUGCACUUUUGCGGAUUUGUCGUUUGUUCCAUGGGAUAUGGCUAUCCCGUGGAUUUUCGGCGAUCGAGCUGGAGAAUUGGAGAUUGAGAAGAAUUAUCCGCAUUAUUUUGCAUGGAAUAAGAGAUUGAUGGAGAGACCUUCUGUGCAGAAGAUUGUGAAAGAUAAGGCGGCUGCUACUAGUGGUCAUUAAGUUGGUGAGAGAUAUAGGGGCUUCUAGCUAGUCUCACAAUCCAUUAAUGAAAUGAAUCUGUAUAUUUAAGAUGCACGGGAAAUGUUAAAAACGUGGGAAUAAGAAUACACAUAGGAGCAUUGGAACGUAAACUACGU